AUGUCAUACCCAUUAGUCUGUUUAGGUAACCCAUUGUUGGAUUUACAAGUUGAUGUUGAGCCAGAAUAUUUGGCUAAAUAUGAUUUAAAAGCUGAUGAUGCUAUUUUGGCUGAAGAAAAACACUUACCAAUUUAUAAAGAGGUUAUUGAAAAACCAGGAUUGAAAUUGGUUGCUGGUGGUGCUGCCCAAAACACUGCCAGAGGUGCCCAAUACAUCUUACCAGAAAACUCUGUUGUUUACUUUGGUUCUGUUGGUAAAGAUGUUUAUGCUGAAAAAUUGAAUGAAGCUAACAAACAAUACGGUUUAAGAACUGAAUACCAAGUUGUUGAUGAUGUUGCCACUGGUAAAUGUGCUGCUUUGAUCAACCACCCGCACAGAUCUCUUGUUACUGAUUUAGCUGCUGCUAACCUUUUCAAAGCUGAACACUUGGAAAAACCUGAAAAUUGGAUUCUUGUUGAAAAUGCUAAAUGUUUCUAUAUUGGUGGUUUCCACUUGACUGUUUCUCCAGAAGCUAUUGAAAAAUUAGGUAAACAUGCUGCUGAAAAUAACAAAUUAUUUGCUUUGAACUUUUCAGCUCCUUUCAUUGCUCAAUUCUUCAAAGAUCCAUUGGAUGCUUCUUUACCUUAUGUUGAUUAUGUCGUUUCUAACGAAUCUGAAGCUGCUGCUUAUGCUGAAUCCCAUAACUUAGACGUUGACCAAAAAGACGUCGUUGCUAUUGCUAAGGAAAUUGCCAAAUUACCAAAAGCUAAUUCCAAGAGAAACAGAACCGUUGUUUUCACUCAAGGUACUGAACCAACCGUUGUUGUUACUUACAAUCAAUCUACUCAAGAUUUUGAUGUUCAAGAAUUCAAAGUUAGAGAAUUGGCUUCCGAAAAAGUCGUUGACACCAAUGGUGCCGGUGAUGCUUUUGCCGCUGGUUUCAUCGCUGGUUUGGUGCAAGAAAAAUCUUUAGCUGAUGCUAUUGAUAUUGGUCAAUGGGCUGCUUCUUUAUCCAUCCAAGAAGUUGGUCCAACCUUCCCAUUCCCAAAACAAACUUACUCUGCUUGA